AUGUUAGACUUUAGCAGUGGGGAGCAGCAACUCAGCCAAAGAAAGUGUGGCAUUAUCUGUAGAAUAUUAUACGCAAAGACGUGCUUGUGGGUGGAUUGGUACCUCACAGAGCUGGGAGUCAUACAGCCACAUAAUUCCGACGAUCCUCAUUGCUGUUGGAUAAGCACCGGUACCACAUUCUUUCAAGCCAGAUCAGGGGUGGUGGCAUCAUCCAAAACAAGUAGGACUGGUGCAUGCAAGCCAGAUGUCACCCUUGUGACCAAUGACUCACACGAGUGGUCCAAUGUUAAAUCUGUUAUUGAUGUCAAGUAUCACCACACAGAGGCUCUUCUCAAGGCCUCCAAGGAGUACAUGGUAGAAGAUUCCCAGCUGGUUAUCACCAACCAAGUGCAUUGUCGCUUCUUUGUAGGAGCUCUCUUGACUGGACCAGAAAUGAGGAUCGUCCUUUUCACUCAUGGUUGUGGGGCCUUUUCUGAACCCAUCAAUAUCUAUGCCAAUCCUGUCAAAUAUAUGCAAGUCUUAUCUUGGUUCAUGCAUACCAAACUUUGGUAUCUCAGAUAUGAUCCUUACUACCAAGCUCCCACUUCCACAAACAACUUAUCAUUGUGA